UUACAUGCACAGCGUCCACGCACGUUCGUUUAGUUCAAAGGAAAACACCGUGGCGAUUCGAGAGCAGGGACGCGUGAACGUCGCACUGCGUCAGAGACCGGCCGAUUCCCUCGGAAAAGAGCAACAUCACCAAACUGAAUCUGGUUGUUUACCAAUCAAUUAACCUUGGUUGGAUAACAGAAGAAGAAGAAGAAGAAGCGUCGCGUUCGCGGAUCGAUCUGUCAGUCAGCCCAACGAAAUUGUCGCUUUAGAAAGGCGAGGUACAGCAACUUCGUCGACGUUUCAAUUUCUGCACGCGAAGCAAAACGAGAACCAAAGCAGAGGAUAUCUGCUGUUCGAGAUAUAAAGCCGGUUAAAGCGCUACCAGCAGAAGAUCAGUGACUCUCUCUCUCUCUCCCUCUCCUCAUCUCUCUCUCUCUCGCUCUCUCUCUCUCUCUUUCUCUCUGAGUCUCUCAGUCUGUGAAGGUCCAGACAUAUCGAGGGUGACGACGCGUGUGAGAUGCGCAUAGAUCCUUCGUGAUAAGAGCAACAGAUAGCCAAAGAUCGAGCAUGGAUUUAGUCUAUGUCCCGGAGGUCCUAAACUACGGGUUCCUCAGGAGCCAGCCGUACAGGGACUACGAGCAACCAUGGAACACAAACUACUUUAACAAUGGGCGAUCGUCGCAGAAUCAUUGUCAGCGAUUGCCGCAGCAGCAACAUCACGAGCAGAAGCAACUGUCGAAAGAGAGCUGCCAUUUAUGCCGAGAGAGCAAAAGAAGAAGCCUCGCGGCUUACAUAAGAGGCAAAUCGCGGCGGGGCUCUUGCCAAGAAAUCCACGAGGAAGAGGAAGAACAGGAUGUUAGGGAGGAGACUGAAAAUACUGGUCAACAGUUGAAAGCGGGAAAAGGAGUCUCAAAAACACCCAAUGAAUCGAAAGAGACCAAGGAGACGCAAUCAUAGCUCGUGCUGUCUGCCCCAUAUAAUUGCACGCCGCAUAAUUACGAAACAACUCGCUUAAAUUUUCGUUGGUAUUGAUGAACUUUCGAAAUAAGAUACGUUGAAACGUAUAAAACAGUAAUAAGAUUCAAAAUCGUCCUUAACUUUCACAGAUUUUGCUUGCCGAGGUAUUUAGAGCUUUACAUUGAUCGUUACGCCAUCGAAAACUAAUUUAUUCUCGGUCUUUUCAUGCUUCGAUAAGUUACGUUGCAAAAAGAAAGACAAAUAAGGUUUAUUAUCUUAUCCUGUGCAUGUACGUAAUACGCACGAACAUGCAUGAAUUUUUUUUCUAUUGAACUAGGUGUAUACGAUUAGUAAUUUAUCUCGUUUAGAUUGUACAUCAAAUUGAAGAAGCUUUUCAUAAGCAUGAGAUAAAUUUUAUACAUUAUCGAACGUUUUAAUUUCUUCCAAUACACCGUCGAAAUGAUGGAAAGAUUGAACAUUAUGAUUCACUGUAGCAAAUAAUUGCAUUUAUAUCGUAAUCGUGAAGAAAGAUGCUUAUUUUUAUUUAUCAAAAGA